AUGGCUUCUUCUUCUUCUUCUUCUGCAGCCCCUCAACCCACCACCACCGCCAGCGAGGUUUCCAUCGCAAACCAAAGCACCUUCAUCCUCUGGUUCCACAACUGCUUCAUCGGUUGCCCCUCCCAUUGGCACGACCUCCCUUCCUCUCCCUCUACCACCUACAUCCUCGCAACCUUUGAGACCGACUUCUUCGCCAACACCAGCAUCCUCAACGCCAAAGACAUCAAAAUCUGGAGAUUGGACUUGCUUGCCAACAGCGACGGAGACGCGACAAAGAGGUCAUCAAAGCAGGGAGAUGUGCUUGCUGAGGAGGAGUUUGUGGCAAAGUGGUUGAACACCGUUGAGAGGGAGUGUGAGAAGUUGUUCGAUGAAAGGAGAGCUGACAGAGGAGAACCAGACUUCACAUUCCCUCGUAACGUAUACAACCCCAAUGACGACGGCACACGAACCUCUCGCCAGCGUCAAGGAGGCACGUACAUCUGGAGCAACCCCACCGACACACUGCAGAGCUUCCCUCCUGGCUAUGCAUUGAUGCACCGACCUCGCGACGAUGAUCCUCACCGCGAAGGAGAUGUGUACCUCUGGGGUCACCCUUCUGGCAGGAGUUAUGAUUCAGUGAGCAAGUUCGUGGUGCACUUGAAGCGGUUGGUCCAAGGAAAGAACGGAGAGUGCGAGUGUGUGCUUUGUAAGCCUCCACCUCCCAGGCCAAAGAAGGAAAAGGGAAAACUGGAGGAUGGCAAGAAGGGAAAAGAGGCAGAAGGCAAGAGUGGAAGAGCCAGAAGCACAAGACAGAUCAAGGCGUGA